AUGUUUCGUCAAGCCUCUCCCGAGCUCGAGCUUCAACCUCCUCCUCAGGCCUCACGUGCAGCCCACUUUCCUGCGCGGGGAGGACUAAGGGCUCCAACAUCUCCACUGAGGCAAUUCACGGCGCCGCUCGCCGACGAUGAGCUGAACAACUUGGACAACAUCGACCUUUCUGCCUCCAUUCAACCGCCACCUUCUGUCUUGACCUCAAACGCGACUGCCUACGAUCCACACAGCGACUCACCUUCCCCACUCGAAGACUAUCCCCGUGCAGGCCGCAGCAGCCACCAGCGCACCUUGACAGGCACGCUCCUCAACAAUAGCCAGACUUUCCUCAACCGCGCAACAUCCACAUUACAACAACAUACUUCCGCAGCAUCGAUUCGAUCGCAUUCGCCAACCAAGUCGCUGGCUAGCUUUCUACCUUCGAGGAGCGCAAUUGAUUCGACCAAGAGCUGGUUCAACGGAUCUUCUGCACCUGUCAAGCUUGGUAUUCAGCAGCAGGACGAAGACACAGUCUCAGAGUCGGGUUCAGAAGUCCCUUCGGAGUACUAUUCUUCCGAUUCUGAAUCCGAGGCUGAAGAAGAGGAGGAGGCACACAACACCAUGAACAUCUUCAACCGUAAGCCGACACACACCCGGGCGACGUCCGAAACCCCAGCUCGGUCUGAACAGAUGACGACACCGACGAAGUCACAGUAUCCAUCGCCUGCUAGUAGCAGGUUUGCUUGGCUACUAUCCACACAGAAGAAUGCGGCAGUGCCCUCGCAUACCCCAGCACCAGCAUACCACAACGCCGACGACGAGCUGUUGAACUUGAACAUCUCGCAAGCUCUCUUCCCUCAUGGUUCCGCCGAUCCUCUGGCACCAUCAUCCUUCAACGACCUCCUCGCAAACGCCGAAGCCCUUCUGUCUCGUUACCAGAAGUCAUAUCGUCAGUUGUCCACUGCACUGGUUGACGCACAAUCAGAACAAAGCGCACAAGACGACGAGUUGGACGAGGCAGAGACAAGAGCGCGUCAUUUGAAGAUGCAGCUCGAGACUAUGGCAGCGAGGGCGACCGAGCAAGACGAGCAGAUGCGGACACUGAUGGAGGAUCUGGCAUUCGAGCGUCAUGCCAGACAAGAAGAGGAGGCUGCGCGCAAGAGGAGCCUUGCCCUCAUCAGGAGCCAGCCUCAGUGCAGUUGCCAGGACACACCACGCCGCCGUAACCGCGUCUCGAACUCGGAGCUCAGCGUCGACUCUGGCUUUGAGUCUGAUGCCGACACCGAUGUCGCCAGCCUUUUCUCCAGAAACUGCCUCAGCCCAACAGGCACCGACCGGUCCUCCAUCCUCGAGGUUGAAGCCGACGUUACACCAACGAAGCACAAGAAAGUACAAAGUUUACAGCGCGGUGGCACAUACGACAAGCCCAGAGGCGGAUCAGUCAGCGUCCAAAGCUGGGGCUGCGCUAACUGUGAAGGCGGCUCGCAAGCUUCUGUUUGGGGUCGAUUGAGCAAGGAACGUGAGGAGAACCGUGUGCUCAGGCAUAGAGUAGAAGCACUCGAAGAAGCCGUAGAGGGCGCUUUGGAUGUUGUCGGUGGACAGUGGGUCUCGCAGUCUUCGAGCACGAUAUUGUAA